AUGUACAAUGUGAACGGUCGUAUGCAGUUGAUGUACCCUUUCGGAGACACCAACACACUAUGGAAGCAAAUCCAGCAUGAAUCCUAUGUCGAUGGUAUCGACCUGACAGUGCUCCCAUUUGCAAAAGAAGCUCUUGAGAGUAUCACUGCCUUAGCCACGAGCACUGUGAACACGUCGUCUUUUGACUUCGCAUACGCAAAAAGGAUCGACACACACACUCAUCCCAUACCAGACUGGUUCCGUGCCCUUGAGCUCAACGCUGCAGGCCGUGCAACACCCUCAUGGAGCGUACAAGGCCAUCUCGAGUUCAUGAGCGAGCAUAAUAUCGCUCAUUCUGUACUCUGCAUCUCCACUCCACAGGCAAAUGCUUUUCUCGGAGAAAAGGACCAGAAUCUGCGCAAGAAGAAGACGCUUGCUCUCGCUCGGCUGCUCAACUGCUUCGCUGCUGAGCUGUGCAAGAUCUACCCUGAGCGCUUUAGUUGGUUAGCUAUCCUUCCGUUGCCGUAUGUACCGGAAUCUGUAACGGAGUUGAAGAGAAUGCUCGGUAUAGGACCAGUGGGCGUUGGCGUGCUGACCAAUCACGAGGGCAUGUAUCCUGGGGAUGCAGCUUUUGACCCGAUUUGGCAGUUUUUGCAAGAAAAAGCAACGAGUGAUGGAGGGGAUGGGAGGGAGAUUGUGUUUGUGCAUCCCACGGAACCCAUCAUCAAGCUCGAUGAUGGACGACUGAUCAACUCGCGACCAUGUGCCUUUCCAGACAUCUCAGAGCGCUUUUUGCUCGGCUUCCCAAACUCCUCGGAUGCCGCCCGCGAAGCGUACAAGACGCGGUUUUGGUACGAUAGUGCGGGACCUGUAUGGCCGAAGCAGAUCAAGGGGUUGACGGAGGGCAUGGGCGUGCCGGGGAUUGGCGGAUGUUCAGUGGUUGGAAGAUGGAGAGAGAGAUGGGGUGUUUUGGAGGAAUGCAAGGGAGCUGUGGAGGGGGAAGAUUGCGAUGUUGGAGGGGCUGGAUCAUGCGAUGUGAAGAAUAUGAAAAUGAAAGGAUUAAACGCCGAUAAUCUGAGAAGAAUAUAA